AUGGACCCCAAGGCGGGAGGCGGAGAGGAGGAGGACGACUGUGUGGACUCCGGCGCCGAGACCGGAGGGUCUGACUACAGCCACAUGUCCUCCACGAGCAGUGAGCUCUCCGUGGAGGAGGCGCAGGACCCCUUCCUGGUGAGCAUCCACGUGAUCGCAGACCCCGGGGAAUCGCGGCCCCUGCAGGAGGCCAUCGACAAGGUCCUGGCUUGGAUCCACCCCGACCUGCAGCUGUUCCGGGUCUCCGAGCGCCGGGCGGCGCGGCGCCGGCGGAGGGCGCCGCGGGGGACGCAGCCGGCGCUGGCCGUGCUGCUGUUCCUGCAGGAGGACCUCGGCGACGAGCGCAUCCUGCGGCUGCACCGCGCGCUGCGGCGGCCGCCCUGGCGCCACCACCACACGGAGCGCGUGCCUGGCAGGCUCCUGCCCUACCUGCCCGGCAGCCAGGACUUCUUCUCGCUGGCUCCCGGGACGCCGCUCUGGGCCGUGCGGCCCGUGCACUACGGCCGCGAGAUCGUGCGCUUCACCGUCUACUGCCGCCACGACCGCUACGCCGACAGCCUCCAGUUCUACGAGCUGAUCCUCCGGCGCAGCCCCAGCCAGAGGAAGAAGGACUUCUGCAUCUUCCCCGUCUUCUCCAACCUGGAGGUGGACAUCCAGUUCUCCCUCAAGAGACUGCCCUGCGACCAGAGCCCCGCGCCCACCGACUCCGCCGUGCUCGAGUUCCGCGUCCGCGACCUGGGCGAGCUCGUGCCGCUGCUGCCCAACCCCUGCAGCCCCAUCAGCGAGGGGCGCUGGCAGACGGAGGACCACGACGGGAACAGGAUCCUGCUGCAGGCGCAGAGGGCGCACAAGAAAUGCCCUGCACCCCGCGGAGCCCGCCACCCCUCGGAGCAGGAGCCUCGCCGCGCGCCCUCCCCGAGCUCCUCGGCGCAGAGCCGCGCCCCUGGCGGCGACCAGCAGGCCCCGCCGGGCAGCCCCCGCCUGGGUCCCCGCCGGCCGGGGCUGCCUGCCCGGCACCAGCGGGGAUUGGCCGGACGAACCAGCAGCUCCCCCAGCGAGUCCCUGUUUCCAAGGAGCAAGUCCUUGUUUUGUUUGCGCACAGAGGACCCCUCCGCAGCCCGCUCGGAUGUGCCGCAGUGCCUGUCCGGCACAGGUGCCCCAGGGCACUGGGCAUCGGAUCGGAGACACGGCCACCUGCUCUCCAUCGAUGACUUAGAGGGGUCCCAAGAGACGGAUGUGGACACGGGCCUGCGGCUGUCUUCCUCCGACCUGUCAGUGGUCUCUGCCUACUCUGCGCCCAGUAGAUUCUGCAGCACCGUGGAAACGCCCCUCGCCUCCGAAGGAUGUGGCGGCCACUGCCCCAAGCACAAAGGUGCCAGAGGAGGACCGCCACCCACUGGGAGCGGGGUGACCGCGGAGAUGCCCUGGGCUUCCCUCCCUCUCUUUGCCAAAGGGCCUCCCUGCUCCUUGGCGACAGCUGUUGCUGCGCCCGCGGCUUCUGGUGUCACCUCACGCACAGGAUUGUCCCCCAGGCUCCCUGGAGAUGCUCCCAACACCGAGCGAACUGGCAGAGACAUCGCACCACCCCCAGCCCUGGCUGGACCCGGGGACAGUGACACAGAGGAAUUCUAUAUCUGA